AUGAUGAUUAUCCAUUUUUUAAUAUAUUCAAUAAUGACAUUUUCAUUUAUAUUUACAAAUACUAUUAAUGAUGUAUUAUUACGUGAAGAAUUACCUAUUGGUUCAAUUGUUUAUGAUUUAAAAAAAUUAUCUCAACAACGAAAUCAACCAUCAACAUAUCAAUUACUUGAAUCAUCAUCUUUAUUUACAUUUAAUAGUACAACAAAUUUAAUUACGGUUGCUAAACGUAUUGAUCGUGAUACACUAUGUCCAAAUGAUGAAAAUUGUAAUUCUUGUAUAUUUAAAAUUAAACUUUAUGAUAUGAUGACACAUUCAAUUAUUUUAUUAAAUAUUAUUAUUGAAGAUGUUAAUGAUAAUGCACCAAUUUUUAGUUCAAAUUUAUAUUCAAUACAAAUAACGGAAAAUAAUAUGCCAGGCAUUAAAAUUCGUCUAAGUAAAGCAGAUGAUAUUGAUUGUUCACAAUUGAAUGGUGUUCAAUUUUAUGAAUUACAAUAUGUUAAAAAUGGAAACCUAAUAAAAUCAUCAAUUAGUAUUCAUCAUAAAGAAGCCAAAAAUGGUGUGGGUAUUGAUCAUAGCUUUUAUCUUCUCUAUGAUUCAUUUGAACUGUAUCUUGUUGUUAAUAUGAGUCUUGAUCGUGAAUUACAAAGUGAAUAUAAAUUUACAAUAACAGCCAAUGAUAAUUUACAUUCAACAACGACAAAUUUAACACUCAUUGUUCUUGAUGUUAAUGAUCAUAAUGCACGAUUUUCUCAAUCAAUCUAUUCUGUUAAUGUAUCGGAAACAACACCAUCUGAAACAAUUUUAUUAAAAUUAAAUGCAUUCGAUUCUGAUGAAGGUGCAAAUGGUCGAUUACAUUAUUCAAUAAUAAAUGUUGAUGGAAUAAAAAUUGUUCCUAAUUCAGAUCAAUCAUUUUUAAUACCAUUUCAUUUGGAUUCAAAAACUGGUGAACUUCGAUUAGUUACAACAUCUACUCAUAAUCUUAAUUAUGAAAUGAAAAAAGUUUAUAAAUUAACUGUAUCAGCAACCGAUGGUGGUAUAGGAGCAAUUCCUGCUUUAGCCACUGUUUAUGUUCAUAUUGUAAAUGAAAAUGAUAAUUUACCAGUAAUUACUUUAACAUUUGGUUCAAAUAAAGCUGAACAUAAUUUAAGUGAAGUAUAUAUUAGUGAAAAUCAACCAAAUUCAACAUUUAUUGCAUAUGUAACAAUUGGCUAUCGGGAUUUGACAACAACAAAUAAUAAUCUCAAAUGGGAAGUUUUAUCAUCCGAUUUAAAAUCAAAUUCUUUACCAGGAUUUUUUGUUCAAAAACUUACAUCAAAUACAUUUACUUUAUUAACUGAUCAUUCGUAUGAUCGAGAAAAUCAAACAUUUUAUUCUGUUGUUAUACGUGUAAAAGAAGAAUUAACUAUUGUCGAAAAACAUUUUCGAAUUAUAGUUACUGAUUUAAAUGAUAAUCCGCCAAUAUUUAAUUCAAGUAUAUUUGAUAUUGAUCUAGAUGAAUAUCCUUUAUCAAUGUCAAAACUUAUUUUUACAUUACGUGCUACAGAUGCGGAUAUUGGAGAUAAUGGAAAAGUGAGUUAUAUGAAAAAGAGUCUUUCAUGGCCAUAUUGGAUAAAUUUAAUCGAUAAUAAUACGGGUAUAGCUUAUUUAACAAUUAAUUGUUCACAAAUCGGAAAUAAUUCAUCAUCGGAUGAUGGAUGGUUUCAUUUAUCAAAUGGUGAAAUAUGGUUAGAAAUUGAAGCAUAUGAUCAUGGUAAACCUCAACUAUCAUCUACAGCUAAAAUACGUUUAUUUCGUUCAAGUAUCAUAGCUAUAUUAGAUAAAACAAAUGAAGAAUUUAAUAGUAUUAGUACAAAUAUAUUACAUCGACGAUCAUCACAAUUAUUAAAUUGGUUUAAAAAUGAAUAUGUUAUUAUAGCAUUAGCCGUUACUCUAGCUAUUCUAUUGUUAUCUAUUACGUUUUUUGUCUGCUGUUGUAUACGUAUUAAACAUAGUAGACAUAAUAAUAGUACUGGUACAAUAAAUAAAAGUGACCGAUGGAAAAAAAAGUCAACAUCUUUAAUAACAACAAUUGUGAGAGAUGAUAAUAAUCAUAAUAAAAAAAUUAUACAAUCAUCAUCGUCAUCAAAUAAUGAUGAACAUAGUUCAUCAGGUAGUUUAUGUUCAGAAAAAUCGGAUAAUGUAACAGUUGAAACAGCAGCCAGUUGUAAUAUGGAUAUGUAUUUAUUUUCUCCAUCUCGAAAACCUGGUAAUAUUGAAAAAUCAACAAUUCAUGAACGAUACAAUGAAUCAUCAACAAAUGCCAAUGUGACAAAUUAUCAGUUUUGUUUUGUUAAUACUUUACCAACAUCUGAUAUUUAUCAAUCAUCUAACAAUAAAAUAUUACAUCAUCCAUUACCAUCAUCCACAUUAUCAAGUGAAAGUUUAAGUAAUAAAUUAUUUAGUUCUAUUCAGCAAGAUUUAUCAGUAUUGACAGAAAAUUUUCGUUCAUCACCAUCAUUAUCAAGAGAGAUUAUAAAACAAAAUAAUACUAUACAUAAUCAAGAAUUAGGAACAGUAAGAGAUGAAAUUGACGGUUUAUUUGUAAAACGAGGUACCUAUGUAUAA